AUGGAGACACAACAUUUUGCAAAGGAGGGGAAUGGAAAAGGCCCUUCAACUGUUCAGCCUGGGAAGGGUGGUGAGAUCUUGACAAGACCUGGGCAGAAGAUCCUGGAAGAGGAAACCAUCCUCCCUUCAGAAGUCCAGCCCUGGAACUUGAUCCAAUACCAGGAGGCUGAGGGCCCCCGAGGACUUUGCAGCCGACUCCAUUACUUUUGUAGGCGAUGGCUGAGACCAGAAAAGUACACCAAAGCUCAGAUGCUGGAUCUGGUUGUUCUGGAGCAGCUCCUGUUCCUUCUGCCCCCAGAGAUGGAGGGUUGGGUGAGGGAGUGUGGAGCAGAGACCAGUUCCCAGGCUGUGGUCCUGGCGGAAGGCUUCCUCCUGAGCCAGGCGGACGACCAGAAGGAGCAGGUCAAGUUGCAGUGCUGCACUGUGGAGAUCAGAGAUCCUGAGGGAAAGAAGAAUCCAUCAAAUCCCCCUCAGGAGCUAUUUUUCAGGAGGAUCCCUUGCGAAGAUCCAUGUCGAGACACCACUGAAGAGAAACAAAGAAUGAAGUUUCCUGUUUUUUAUGAUGGAGCUCAAACAGCGGUUGAACCUCCAAAUCAA